UCUGCGGACAUGUGGUUCUCGUCAUCCCUCGUGUUCUCGUGUCACGUUCCAAACGCAGCCUUCAAAACCCCUCAAAUUAGUCCACGCAUUUUCCGACCCAAAAUCACAUCAAUCACUGCAGAACUUCAACCAAGAAGAAGAACAACAACAUCGUCAUGGGAAUUGCUGAAGAAGCUCACAACGUUCGGAUCUUAGGGUCGGGUCAACAGACCAUAGUCCUAGCCCACGGGUUCGGUACUGAUCAAUCCGUGUGGAAGCACCUGGUUCCCCAUUUGGUAGACGAAUACCGGGUCGUGUUGUAUGAUAAUAUGGGUGCCGGAACCACUAACCCGGAUUACUUCGACUUUGAGAGGUAUUCGACUCUGGAGGGUUACGCGCAUGACGUUAUCGCCAUCUUAGAGGAACUCCAGGUGCAGUCGUGCAUAUACGUCGGGCAUUCCGUGUCGGCGAUGAUUGGCGUGAUCGCCUCAAUCACACGGCCGGAUCUUUUCAGUAAACUCGUCGCCAUUUCUGCUUCUCCCAGGUACUUGAACGACCCGGAUUACUUCGGAGGAUUCGAACAAGACGAUCUUGUACAACUAUUCGAAGCCAUGAGAUCAAACUACAAAGCCUGGUGCUCCGGCUUUGCGCCGCUGGCAGUGGGGGGCGACAUGGAGUGUGGCCGGACGCUGUUCAACAUGAGGCCAGACAUAGCACUGAGCGUGGCCCAGACCAUAUUCUACAGCGACAUGAGACCUCUUUUGCCGCACGUCAAAGUCCCCUGCCACAUUAUCCAGAGCAUGAAGGACUUGGCCGUGCCGGUGGUGGUGUCCGAGUACCUCCAUCAGAACCUGGGUGGUGAAUCCAUCGUCGAGGUCAUGUCCACUGAUGGCCACCUGCCGCAGUUGAGCUCGCCGGACGUUGUGGUUCCGGUGCUUCUUAGGCACAUUCGUUACAAUAUCGCAGCUUGAUGUAUUGGUGAAAUGAUGAGUUUGAUUUCUUGAAUGCUUGUUUUAUGUGCUAGGGGGAUUUGUGAAUAAUGGGAUUUGGUCUGUGUUUGAUUCUCUGUUUGGUUGCUGCCAAUCUCAAUAGGCGUAGUACCCCUGUUGGCAAUGUUCUAGGGUGAAUAGUGUAGUUGCUGAUCCCUUGUUCUUUGUAAAAUUAUAAAGAUAUGACCUUUUAAGUGGCAAUCUUCAGAAAUUUAAUGGUAUUCUUCUUAUUA